AUGGCCUUCUAUUUCCACAAAGGAAAAAAGAAAAGCUAUUCUUCUUUCCUUUGUGCCCGUGACUCGUGGCAGGAAAAGAAAAGGAAAGAAAAGAAAAGAAAAGGAAAGAAAAUAACAGAGGAAGACAGGGAAACCGAGAAAAACUACUGAAGCGAGAGAUAUGACUCUGGGUCUCAUCAAUGCCAACCCUGUGGUUCACGCUAAGAAGGAAAGGAUCGCCCGCACCGAAGAUCUUCACUGCGAUGAUGCUGUAGAUCCCCUCGAAAUCUAUGAUUUUGUGAGGGAUAUAAGAGAUCCAGAGCAUCCAUAUUCACUGGAACAGCUCAGUGUUCUCUCAGAGGAAUCGAUCACCGUUGAUGACAAGCUCGGCCGUAUUCUGAUUACUUUUACUCCAACAAUCCAACAUUGCAGCAUGGCAACAGUUAUUGGUCUUUGCCUUAGAGUAAAAUUACAAGAAUGUUUCCCUCCCCAUUAUAAGGUUGAUAUUAAAGUUUCUCCUGGAUCUCAUGCUGAUGAAGAAUCAGUGAAUAAGCAGUUAAAUGAUAAAGAAAGAGUUGCUGCUGCCCUAGAGAAUCCGAAUCUACGCCAGCUUGUAGAUGAGUGCCUUUACUCCAAUGAACUUUGAUCAAGUUGCUCUACCUUCAGCAGAGCUGUACAUGGAUUUUCUUUUUCUGUUUUUUUUGUUGUUAUUGUAUGCUAAAAAAUGACAGGUGCUACAUAAAAUUGAUUUGCUGAUGUAAUUUCUCCUUUGUUGGUAUGAGUAUUUGCUUAUUCUCACAAA